AUGGCAAGACCACAGAGCACACCUGUGGAGCGGACGGACUCUGUUCUGGUCCAGGGAGACUUGGAGAAGCUCACUGAAGAUGUUCUCACUCUUUACUUCAGCAACAAGAAGAGGAGCGGAGGAGGAGACGUCCAGUCCUUCAUCUGGAUCAACAGACGAAAGAGCGCGGCCAUCACCUUCGGAAACUGUGACGAUGUGCAUGCAGUGGUGGAACAAACACACAAUGUUUGCGGCACAGAAGUUCACGCUUCACUGUUCUACUCCAGUUUACAAAAGGCUUUAACCCUGACUGAUAAAAUAUCCACGAAAGUGAACGUUCGUGUCAGUGAAGAGCUGCUCCGUUUCUUUGAAACCAAUGAGCGAUGCAGAAAACAACUGGAGAACGAGGCCAAACUGCUUCACGCCAAAGUGCUUAUUGACAGCUCCGCCGCAGCAAAUGAACUGAUUCUGGAGAUGGAUGUCAACAAAAAGUCGCUGGCUGCGCUGCAGAUCGCUCCCACGUGGGAGUCCAAGACAAUGAGGGAAGCGGAGUCGUUUCUGAGCAGAUAUGACACCGCAGAGCUGCCGGCGGAGAAGGACGUCUGGACGAGAGCUGAGAACGACUGUAACCGUCUCAUCACGCUCGACACGGCGCUCUCCUACAGGGAGCUCAACUCUAAAGCUGUGAUUGCUGGAGUGAAAGAGGAGGUGAAGGUCCUGUCAGACAAGAUCAGGACGCUCCUGAAGAACACUGCUGCUGAGGUGGAAGCGGAAAGAAACACAGCCGAGGUAGACCUCCAACUAGACUGCAGAGAGACGUUUGAUCUAAUUAAAGAGCGCGUGGAGUCCAGAUUAGGGCAGGUGAGUUUAUCUCAUGAUGAGAAGCAGCACAUCAUCUCCCUCAGAGGUCUGAAGGAUCAAGUACAUUCAGUGGAGAUGCUCAUCAAGCAAGCGCAGAAGAACAUCGUCACGCACCAGCUGAAGCUUUCUUCACAUCUGAGUCACUUUCUGAAGUCUCUGGGUCUUGAAAAGUUUGAGCAAGACUAUUUUCUCCCAAGCCACAUUCCAGCUAGACUUUUCCCUCCAAAGAGCUUCACACACAAAAUAGGCAACUUCAUGACUCGGAGUAUCGCAGAAGGAGACCUGCACCAUUUCACAGCCGACGCUUUGACCUGUCCAAUGAAUGCCAAUCUAGCUUUCGGUAACCCUGUGGCUCAGUGCUUUCUCCAGUUCUUCGGAGACGAGAUUACAGAGAAAGGACAGAGGCUGGACUCUCACUACCUUCAGUCAGCCGUGUACAACAGCCUCCUGAAAGCCGAAGGAAAAGGAUGCGCCUCGAUUGCACUCCCAGCAGUCGGUUGUGAAAGCUUCGGCUUCUCUGUCAAAGACAGCUGCGUGGCGCUCCGAGCCGCUGUACUGCAGUUCUGCAGCGACCGUCAGAAUUCUCCUAAAAACAUCAGACGCAUCAGUAUAGUGGAUUCAGACGAGGAGAUCGUUGAGGAGUACAACGCUCUGAUCCAGGAACUAGGAUUUCCUGACACAUCUACAACGGUUCCCCUACAAUCCUUGAAGCUAAAACACGGAUCAGACGCGAGAGUGCUAAUCAAUGGUGUGCCAAUAUGCCUGAAAGAGGGUGACAUCACCAAAGAGAUGGUGGAUGUUAUAGUGAAUUCAACCAACAAAAGUUUAGAUCUUAACACCGCUCCUCUGAAAGCAGGUGCAGCAGUGCUGACGGGUGCUGGAGCGCUUCUGUGUAAGUGUAUCGCACAGAUGGUUGGGCCAGACAGCACCGUCGACAUCACAUCAUCUCUGGAAACGGUUCUGAACCUCUGCGAAGCCAAAACGGCCACAACUCUGGCCAUUCCUGCGAUUGGAACAGGACGUGGUGGCUUUGCCCCGAAAGAAUCGAUCAAAGCCAUCUUCACGGCAAUCGAGAAAGACCUGAAGGAGCUGAACUCAUCCUGCCUCAGGAGCAUCACUGUAGUGGCAUUUGAACAGAAGACCUUUGAUGACUUUCGUGACCAUUUUAAAGCAUGGAAUAAGCCUGCAUCCGACAAGAUGCCUGAAAAUCAAGUCAAAAUUGGAAGCGUCAGAAUCGAGGUAAAGAAAGGCAACAUCACUAAUGAAACGGUCCGAGGGAUCGUAAACACCACCAACAGGGACAUGAGCCUGAGAGGAGGCGUGUCGGGUGCCAUAUUUAAAGCGGCUGGAGCGUCUGUGGAGCAGGAGUGCCAAAAGCACGGUCCGUUGCAGAAUGACAUUGCAGCCGUGACCAGCGGCAGAAACCUGCAUUGCGACUUCAUCAUUCACAUGGUCGGUCCGCACUCGGCGGCAGAGGUGAGAUCCCGCGUGAAGAACGUUCUAGAGCGCUGUGAGGAGAAGCAGAUCACCACGGUCUCCUUCCCUGCCGUGGGCACUGGCGGCGGGGGCGUUAAGGGUGAGGAUGCCAUCGGUGCGAUGCUGCAGGGCUUUGAAGAUCAUCUGGCUCAAAACAUCUCGACUGUGAUCAAGCUCAUCUACGUUGUGAUUGACCGGGACAACGUCCUACAAGAGUUUCAGAAAGGUCUCAAAACAUGGAUUGCGAAUACACAGGUAGAGAACCUUAACCCAGACAGUGAAGAUGAUGAGUGGGAGGAUUACAGCUCAACAGAAGAAAGCUCCUCGUCUGACAAAGGAGCCAACGCAAACCCAGUGGAGGUAAUGAUGGGCCCGAUUAAAGUCAAGGUGUUUAGCGGAGACAUCACCAAAGAGACUGUCGAGGCCAUUGUAAACAGCACGACGACAAGCCUCGAUUUCAACACGGGUGUAUCAGGAGCCAUUCUCAAAGCAUCAGGACAAACGGUGGUGAACGAGUGCAAAUCAAAAGCGCCUCAGCCCUCCGACGGCGUGAUCCUGACCAAAGCUGGAAAUCUUUCAAAUAUCAAACACAUCAUUCAUAUGGUUGGGCAGACCAAUGAGAAAGGCAUCAGCAGCUCCAUGUACAAAGUUCUGAGGAUGUGCGAAGAAAAUAAGAUUCAGUCGGUUUCAUUCCCAGCUCUUGGAACAGGAGCAGGAAACUUGGCUGCUGCAGGAGUUGCCAAUGCAAUGACAGAAGCUCUGACUAACUUUAUGAAGGACUCACCGAAACACAUGAAGCGCGUCCACCUUGUGAUCUUCCAAGUGAAACUGCUGCCAGACUUUCAGGAAGCUGUCAAGAAGUGCAAGAAGAUUUUUCGAAAUGCUUCUGUGCGUCAGGUCAAACCCCUCCAGAAAUCGGUGAUCCCUGUGCUGACACAGCGACCAGCUAUUUGUCUAGCCAAAGAAACGGCCGCUGUAUCGUUCCCGGUUAUGGCCAUUAACGUUUACGGGACGUCCCCUACAAACCUCGCCAAGGUCAAGAAGCUCCUGGACGAGCUGGUCAAGCAGGAGUGCUUCAGUAUAGACGUCCAGUUGAGCCACAUCACAGACCUUACAGAAACGGACAAGAAGGCCAUCAUGACCCUCAGCCGAGCCAAUCAAAUCAGCGUUCUGGUGGCCAGUUCGGAUAAGUUAACAGUAUCAGGGAAGAGAGACGACGUCUUAGAUGCUGUGCUGAAGAUAAACGGCUUCAUCCAGGCAGUGAGAGAACAAGAGAUGUGUGAAGGUGAGGUGAAGCGUCUGCGGGAGACGCUGUGCUGGGAGGUGGCGAGAGGAGAACGCUGGGAGUCACUGGAGCCCGGCAUCAGCUACGACAUCGAGCUCACCAUCCACCGCAAAGAGAAGACCUUCCAGUACCAGGAGAACGGCGAGACCUACACGGUGGACUUCAACCAGAUGGAGGUCACAAACAGCAAGCGGGAGUCUUGCAGGAUCAAGAGGACUCUGCUGGGAGAUUCUGAUACAGCAAUCAUUCAUCCCCCUCCAACAUGGACCAAAAUGGAUGGACGGGAUUUAGAAAUAAUCACAUUACAAUCAGAUACGGUGGAAUACAAGAACAUAGAAACAGCCUUUCUGAAAUCCAGCAUACACCGUGAUGAGAAGCCCGUCCAGGUUCAACAGAUCGACAGGAUUCAGAGUCAGUCGCAGUGGCAGAGAUACUGUGUGCUGAAACAGGCCGUGGAUAAGAAAUACCCCAAACUGAGAAACGAGCGCCAGCUUUAUCACAGAACGACCAAAGAGAUAUGCCAGAAAAUCAACAAGAACGGCUUCAACCGCAGCUUCUGUGGGAGAAACGCGGCCUAUCACGGCGAAGGCACCUACUUCGCUAAAGAGGCCUGGUACUCCUGCCAGGACAAGUAUUCCAACCCAGACGACAAAAGCCUGAAGUACAUCUACCGAGCGCGAGUGGUGACGGGCUCGCUGUGUAAAAGCAGACAAGCAAUGAAGGAGCCGGAUCCGAUCAACCCUGCAGACCCACGGGCCGGACUGCACGACUGCGCCGUGGACAGCCUCCAGAACCCGUUCAUCUUCGUGGUGUUCUGUGACGCGGGAGCGUAUCCAGAGUACCUCAUCACCUUCAAAUCCAUAUAGUCCUCCAGCAAACUCUACAAACACACACUGGCCCUGAAUGCUGCUGACAGAGAUUAUGGGAGAGUCUUCAGGAUAUUACCGUGACAAACACAUGAACGAAUGUUUUCACGCAUGACUUUCUUCAGUAGGGCUGUCAGCUGCCAAAAAUCACUUUAUUAAUUACAUGAUACUAUAUUUGCUGAGAAAAGAUAAAAAAUAAAUAAAUAAAAGAUAUUUAAAGGGACAGUU